AAUGGCCAAGCAACGGGUAUAAACGAAAAGCCAAAACCAAGCAAGAAAGCCCCUGCCGCACCCAAAGUUGAUACGGAUAAGCUAGUGGUAAGCUUGCUUUAAAGUAGUAUAUAAUCACACAAGACUCCCCCAAUCACACAAUAUAAUCACACAAGACCCCGCCAAACAAGGAUGACAGUUGUUGGGAGUUGAGAAACGAGAGUUUGCAUGGACUCUCAUGCCUCGGAUCAAGCGAGAAGAGUUGCGUCAGGGCUGAUACGAGUUGACUGAAUGGAUAUUACGGCCAAGCGAGCAAAAAGUCUCAUCAACACUCAUUAAAAUUUGAAGCAGCUCAAAGUUGAUGUGAGUGAAUGAGGGUUGAUGAGAGUGAAUGAGGGUUGAUGAGAGUGAAUGAGGGUUGAUGAGAGUGAAUGAGGGUUGAUGAGAGUGAAUGAAGGUUGAUGAGAGUGAUUGAAGGUUGAUGAGAAUGAAUGAGGAUUGAUGAGAGUGAAUGAGGGUGAGUGAGAGUUGAUGAGAGUGAAUGAGGGUUGAUGAGAGUGAAUGAGGGUUGAUGAGAGUGAAUGAGGGUUGAUGAGAGUGAAUGAAGGUUGAUGAGAGUGAUUGAAGGUUGAUGAGAAUGAAUGAGGAUUGAUGAGAGUGAAUGAGGGUGAGUGAGAGUUGAUGAGAGUGAAUGAGGGUUGAUGAGAGUGAAUGAGGGUUGAUGAGAGUGAAUGAGGGUUGAUGAGAGUGAAUGAAGGUUGAUGAGAGUGAUUGAAGGUUGAUGAGAGUGAUUGAGGGAGAGUUCGACUACGAGCGGUACCUCCUUUCCGCGAGUUUAGCUUCCCACCCAUGCGAAGGGAAAGGAGGGACUGCCGACAAUUCAUCAAGAAACGAAAUACGCCCACUUUCGCUAUUGUCAAGUUUGCUCCGCCUUUGCAAAAACAUUACUUAUAUCCAAUUAAGUAUAUCCAUAGGAACCGUUCAUUUAAGCCUGUCAUGUUUAUUUAUAAAACAAAACAUUCAGUCUGCAUAUCAGAUUUGAUUGACUGUCAAAGUUGCCGGUCAUUAUGUAAAAAGCAAAUUAGGUUUUAUUUGCUUCAAAAAUUCAUCUAAUUAUAUCAUAUCUCGAUCUUGACUGUGAAAACGUUGGUCAAGAUCCCCACUGUUUAUUGUAAAGAUAUGUUACAUUAGGCAAAUAUGACACAUAUACAGUAUAUAUAAAAUAAAAUUUGGUGUUAGUCGAACUUUAAUGACUAAAAUAUUACAGGCAUACUACAUAGUAACAAACUUUAAACUUAUCAUUAAGAUAAUUGCGGUCUUGGACGAAGCGUUUACAACAUGGUAUGCUUAUUAAAUAGAUAUCAACUGCAUCAAUCUCCUGUAUUGAUCGCCUUAUCUCCUUUUCGUACCAAGUUUUAGAUCUUAAGAUGCACUGAUAUAGACAUGGCAUCUGUAGGGGAAAACUACAGUGUACCCAUAUUAGGGCUAGUGCUUCUUACGGCGGUCAUGGAAACCUUCCUUGAUGAAGUGUAUAUGUCCAUGUCAAAUGAAAGGCCCACGACGUAUCCAUGUUUGCUUUACUGUAGGUAGCAAUAGUGGAAGAGUUUGUAAAGUCAAGAAAUGUUGCUGAAACCAUGAAGAGUAUUAAAGACUUGAACUCGUCACAGUAAGGACCCGCAUUUAUAUAAAAAUGGCCUCCUACUGUACACUCAUAUUUGAGUUGUAAAAGUGAACUGUAUAGUUUCUGAACAGUAUACUGCAGUUAUUUUCGAAAAUAAUAUUCCCUAUGGAGAACAGUAUAGGAUAUUUACAAAUUGCAACAUCUGUUUAAAAAAAAGCAUUGUAACUGCCAUAGUUUGGUGGCAGCCGUAGUAUUUUACUUUAAAUAAUAAAUUUUCAAGAUAGAGCUGUGCCGGAGCCGGAGUUGGAAAACUUCGGCAAAAACUUCGGCAAACAAAAUUAUGAAAAAUAAAUUAUUUCAUAUUUCAAUGAACUUUUUAAUGGAAAAGUUAAGUUGAAUUAUUUGCAGUUACUAUAAAGUUUAAUUACUUGCUCCGAUCCGAUUCGUGGUUUCGAAAAUUCUGCAAGCGCAUUGCUAUCGCUUUUGAUACAAAAAUCCGCUGACCUCGAUGUAUUUUGAUUAAACAAGCAGCGAAGCACGUAUAUUUGAUAAGUAAAGGAGAAAGCUCAAAAAGGAACAAAAUAAAUUCUGAAAUUACACUGAAAUACUUUCGCCUGUUUCCACUUUUAAAUAUGAAAUUUCCUUAAAAUUUCCUUGCGGGAGCAGGUGCCGGAGUUUUGACUGCCGGAGCUAAAAUAACCGAAGUUUAAAAGCACAGCUCUAUUUCAGGUUUAUUUGGUCAGUUUAUUUGGAGUGACCAGAGGGACAACACAAGUCCAACAAAAAAUAUAGAAGGUUGAAAAUGUGCUGGCAGAAACUAAACUAUACUUCAAUUCCCUUUGUGAAAUAACGGUUUAUCACAUCUAUUGUUUUAGGACAAAAGUAGCACUGAUAGUCAAGCUACUUCAAACCAUAAUGCGAGAAAAUGAAGAAGAUCAAAACUUAGCUGGAGAUCUAUUGAAAAAAUGCUUUGAUGAGAAGAUGUUGACGAAAGAAAGUCUAACAAAGGUCUGUUAAACAGGUUUAAAAAGUUAUAGGACUUUUCUAUUGUAGGUUAGGUCUAAGUGAGGAUUUGGAAUCAAUUGAUAAUACAGGGAAUGAGCUUUGAAGAAAAUUGGGCCAUUCCAUUUAAUAUCCACCGUAUGGAUGAGGUCAGUAAAAUGUUAACCCCUAAGAAAAAAAAAGAUCAAAGUGCCGACACAAAACAUCCCUCAGAUAUUUGUAAAUUUUCCCCUUACCCCUCGGAAAUAUCGCAGAGAUCAAAGGAUGCCGACGGGCUUAACCCCUCAGAAACGACUUAGAAUGGAAUGGCCCAUUGUUAAAAAUUGACGAGUGUUGAGGACAGUUGAUUACAGGUGACUAGAAUUAAUUAGUGGAUGAGAGUUGAUUAGAAUGCACGAGAGUUGAAGGGUUAAUGCAGGUUAUGAGAGGCCACUAGAAUCAAUCAGAGUUGAUCAUAGUUCGUAAGAGUCGAUGAGAGCUAGUGAUUAAAGUUGGCAAUAAGAGUUGAUUAGUGUGGGUGGUUAUUAGAUUUAUGUAUAACCGAGCCAUGAGAGACGAGAAAACUCUCGUGCAAACUAAUACAUAUACUAGUAUUGUUUACUUUUCAUCAGUUUGUAAAUGGGAUUUCAACGCUCUUAGCGAACGCAUUUCGUCACCGGGUAGCGAACGCAUUUCGUCACCGGGUUUGCUACUCCACGAAAUGUUGGAUCUUGCCAAAUCGCAGACUUUCAUACUCGUUUGAUAUUUGUAGGGCAUUGAAUCAUAUAUUCGCAAGCUGUCGAAAUCUGACAAGGAAUCGGAUAUUGUUAAAGCUGCACUGGGAAAGUUUUCAGCACGACUUAUUGUUGAGGUAAAUGUUGUCUUCAUUUUCACUUCAUUUCAUUGUAUACAAGCCAAGUGAAUUGUACACACUAGCCAUUUUCGGCCGUACCAUUUUAUACAUAAUGCCAGACUGUCUUGGCAUGGGGCCUUGGGCUGUAAGAGUGUUUCGAACGAUGUGUAAAACGUAUGCCUCAAACUGUAAAUAAAGCUGUAUAUCUUUCCAAUACUAAUAACUUACAAUACUUACAAUACUUACACCGUUACAAUAUUUUGCGCCGUUCAUGAGGUCCCGUCUGUCAUGAAGGCUUGGCCACAAUUUAUCUAGUUGCAAAUUGAAAUUUACAAAAAUGCGAUUGUGAUUGAGCGUGCCUUGGUAUAAAAAACUGUUGCUAAAAACUUGGUAUUAAAGCUAUUGGACGUCAAUUCUGUCGUGUUGGCUUCAAUUCGUUUCUACGGCAAAUGACUGAAGUUCAUGCUCCAGAUAUAUAUAGAGCUCAGUGCCUACACCACCCUCCUUCCAUACUAGGACAAUAUCUAGGUAGUUUGUAGAAUGCUAAAGCACGACAUAUAGGAACUGGAUUCCGUACUCAAAUCGGUAGUGAUCAGAUUUCUUUCGUGAGUACUUUCCUGUCAGUAUAACUUUAAUACAUUCAUUAUUUAAGGAUGUGUUUGAUCUUCAUACCGUGAAUAACGCGAUGGAAGCAGUGGAUCUUUUGUUUUUACAAUGUUUGAAAGAUCUGAAGCAGCUGAAAGGAGAGGUACAUUUUUGUGUAUUUGUCAUGCUUCCAUGAAUCAUUCUACAUCCAUUUCUCCUGCUAUACCUUUCCUUGUUUCAUUUAGGACUGGCUCCUGGAGUUAUUUAACAACAGUAAAGUGAACUUGGCGACCACAUUGGCAGGUAGGAUGAAACCACGCUUUUCUUUUUAGUAUCUGUUUUAAGGUACGUUUACACACAACGAUUAAUCGUGCCGAUUCAGCUUUAAUUAAACGAUAUUUGAAAAAUAUGCUAUCAACAUCAUCUGAUGACAUCGUCAACUGACAAUAGUCGUCAUUAACAUUCGGCAAAACCUGUAAUCGGCCCGAUUAAUCGUUGUGUGUAAACGUAGCUUUAGUCUUUUGGAGGUUGUUAAUAUUAGUAUGCUAUGUAGGACUAGCAAGAAAGGUAUACUAUAAGAUAUUUAUCUGGAACUCUUAUGAGACGACUUUCCCAUGACUUUUCAAAAUCAUGACUCAUUCCACUCCUGGCAGUACGCUAUAUUUUUUGAGAUCAGUCAGAUGUCCAUCCACCAGCCAUGACACCUGCAUGCCCACCAUAACUAAUGAACUUUUCAAUCAGCAAGCUUUCCCUUAAUCCCUUUCCCGGGUGUAAAUAGCCGGUUAGUGGCGCAAUCGUCAAAGCGCUCGCCUUUCACCUCGGAGAUCGUGGGUUCGAUUCUCGCUUUGGACUCAUGUGAAAAGAGUCGGUCAACGCUCUGCUGAAAGUUGUGGGUUUUCUCCACGCACCCUGGUUUCCUCUCUGCAAACCGGCCCUUCCACCGUAUAGCUAUGCUCCGUAAUGAGUCAUAAGGUGGCUACCAGAGGCGCCCUUAGAAUGCCUUCAACUUGAUCAAGUUGAGCUGCCUGCUUCGCAGUUCAGCUUAGCUCUCAACUGCAAGUAGGGAUGAUCAGCACACACAACAUCUCCCUACUAGCUACUAACCUCCACCAGUGCCCUGGCCUUGACCCUGCGCGAUAAGUAGUGAUGAAAUACAGCUUGAAAUUUAAACAUUUCUUAAUUUGUUGUUACAACAUUAAAUAUAACAAAUGUUUCUUCAUAACGUUUAUUUUUGUGAAUUGCAGAACAGGGUAAAAACGCCGAGAAGAUGACGGAGGUUUUACAAGAACAGGUAAUUAAGUCCUUCAACACCACAGCCCAAUGCAAAUUAAAUGUAGGUGAUGAAUUUCAGGUUUAUAUUUCCGUUCAGUCCUUGUGGUGUGGAAAAAUAGUUUUGUGGUAGUUACUUUUCAUGUAUUGGUAACUCGUGCUAUGCAGUAUGCAAAUCUUUUUUUAUGCUUAUCCGAACUUGUGUGAACAAUUCUAUUCCGUUAUUACCAAAACCGCGGACCUCUCUCGCCCAAAACGACGUGUUAUGUUUUCGUGUCAAACAUUUGGGAAAGCAAUGACAUUCCUAAAGUCGUGAAAUCGGCAAUUUGGGAAUGGUAACAGACGUAUUCUCCAUCUAUAUAGAAGAACUAAUUUCGUCAGUGUAAUAUGUUCUCUUUCGUAACUUAUCUUCAUAAUGUUACUGAGAAGUACUUUUCUUUUCAAGGGUUUGAUAUUCCUCUCUCCACAACUAAAAGCUCAGUCCGAAUUAUUUAAACAAAUACAAAAUGAUCCCAAUGUCUCUUCCUUGUAUAAAUGGAUCAAGGUUAGUUUAGAUUUUUGUAAAAAUACUUUUGCUCUUUUCUUCUAAAUUUUUAAGUUUAUUCUUUGAGCGACAUUUUGUUUUUGCCUUUUUAAUUUUAGGAUAACAUCGAUGUAAAACUUCAUUCCAGUCCAGAAUUUGCAAGUGUUUUAACCACAUGGUAUGUCCUGAAUCGAGCUCUUUCAGUAUUUUCUCGGAUUUAAUAUGAUCGCACAUACGAGAAUAAAAAUGCAAUUAGUGGGCCUAAUUAGUUAUCUUAUAUCGUUUUUAAGCGUAUUGAAGUAUGUUACCAUGACAACCAGCCUAGCUCCUAACGUUGAUCGUAAUCAACCGCUGGACAAAGAGAUUCAGGAUCAGGAGAAAUUAAUGAUGGAAAAUAUGAAGGUGAGAUUUAAAUCAUUUCAAGGCUCGCACAUCUUUUAUAUAGUUUGGCUUCAGGCAGAAUAAAUAACAAAUAUUACAUAUAAUGUGGUAGUACACGUCUCUCUCAUAAAAGUAUUCGAUGGAUACGAACCAGUAGGAGGUAAGGAGAGCGAUUUUUUAACACACGUAUUAUUGUACAAUCCAAUUUUUGUACAAUAUACUUUUUUACUUGUCCAUGAGAAACCUUUCUUUUUGUCUGUUAACGCUUGGGCCGUUGGUGCCUGCCUUUCCGUGCCGAUCAAGAGCAAAUCCAACAAAAAAUCUAGAAUCCAAGAGAGGAUAAGAACCGAAAUCCGCAAUUAAUUUUAGGCCAAUAUCCGCCGAUCCCCAAACCUAUUCACCCUCCAUUUUCUUCAGAAAAAACCUCUGCCCGAAACGUCCAACUAUUUGGAAUCUUUCUAACGUGGUUGAGAAACACCUAUUUUGAAAGUGUUCUAUGACAAAAGCUUUGCAUCGUUCAGCACGUCGGCUUUAAUGUAAAUGUGUUUUUAAUACGGAAUCUAUUUUUCGUAUGAUGCAAAUUCUGAUCGUGAUGCAAAUUCUGAUUUUCAUUUUAGCCUCUGUUGCAGAAAUUCUUGAAUGAUAAUGUCCAACUGCAGGUAUGCUAUUGUAGUGUGCUGUUCGCAGAGUAGUUUCGGUCAGAUUGUAGAUGCUCAGAUGAAAAUGCUCAGAUGCUCUAAUAAACGCCCUGCGGGUAUAAGUUAUAUACCCGUCGAAGGUUACGGACUGGUAGCCGAAAGCUUGUAAUUAAAUAUGAAAUUCUUUGGUCAGAGAGCGUUUGUUUACAGCUAAUUCAAAAAAGGUUGUCCUUUGCAAACCUUGAACUCUAAACCUUAAACCUUAAACUCUAAGCGCGCAGAGCUUAAUGGGAGCACAAGUUUCGAGCUUAGUAGUUGAAUAUUGCAGCUAUUUGUGAAUGAAUUGUUCUCGUAAGGAGAUAUUUAUGAUGUCUGUAAGAAAUAUAUGAUUUCUAAACUGAUUAAAUGAUGCUCCAAUUAUGCUUUGCAGGCUUAGAGUUUAAGGUUUAAGGUUUAGAGUUUAAGGUUUGCAAAGGACAGCCUUUUUUGAAUUAGCUGUACUAAUGGCAAGCUUAAGCAAGCGACGUUUUUGUCAACAUAGACGUCACCUAAAAAUUGGUAUGACUAAUUUAGGCGGCACUUUGCAUCAUAGCGCUUGUGUAAGUAAGCAAAAAACUUUAAAAAUCUUAUGUCUUGUCAUGUGUGUUAAAGAUUACCACAAGUUUUUAAUCCAGUUUCCCCUCGGCAAUCUGAUGUUCGUGUUGACAAAAACGUCGUUUGCAGCUUACUAUCGUUCCAAUUGAAGUGUUGCUCAAGUAUUGAUUCAAUACAUUACCUCGGGCUGACCAAUUCAUUUCAUCAAGUUCCUCGAGAUAUUCAUACACUUCCUGUGAAAGAGCCAAUUCCAAGUAUUUGAUAAUUUCUGGUCACUUCCUUUCUAUAUAUGAUUGGUUAGUUGCACAAACAACAAAAGUGAUUGGUGUAUUCAAACUAUUCAACAGGAAGUUUACAAUUAUACUAGGAAGUGUAUGAAUAUCUCGAGGAACUUGAUCAAAUGAAUUGGUCAGCCCGAGGUAAUGUAUUGAAGCAACACUUCAAUUGGAACGACAGUAAGCUCCCUAAUAUGUUUCAUCCUGAUCGCACAUCAGCCUCUAUUUUUUUGUAAGACGGGGUGUUAUUUUAGAUAUGGAACAUUUAUUUGAGAGGGGUGUUUAUUCCUUCCCAUGGCAGUUUUACGUUAAAAAUAAACAACACUUUGUGACGGUUUGCACUUUCAUUGAUCUAUACAUUGCCCAUUUCAAUCUUAUAAACGCUCCUAUUAGAUAAGACGCCUUUAAAUUAAUAAAGAGGGCUAUUUACUUAUUACUACAAAAAGUGGUUUGACUAAUGAUUCAAAACUUGGGGCUUUCAUUAAAGACUGGACGUUUAUUAGGUAAUAUACGGUAGCUUAUGAAGUUAUUAAUUUAAGUUGAAAUAUAAUUUAAUGCAUCGUUCAAUUCCUCAUAUUGGUAUUAUACAGUAUUAUCUGCUAUCACUAUUUUAGGUCAGUGCCCUAUAUGCAUUGCAAGUAUUCUGUCAUUGCAACGAAUUUCCAAAAGGUGUGUAUUUACUGAAGGCAUGUACACUGUACUUGUAUUUAUUCUUUCUAAUUCGGAUAUGCAAAUGCCUUGAAACGAUAUCUUGACUUUCAUGCAGGAUUAUUGUUAUGUACACUGCAUGUAUGUAUGUAUUGUUAACGUAUGUUUAUAAUGUUGAAACACUAAACAGGCUUAUACUUUAGGGAUGUUGCCGGAUACCGGUAUCGGAUAUCCGGUAACAUACUUCCGGCAUUAUCCGGUAGGCGGUAACAUUUAGCGGGAUAUUAUUGGGAGUAGGGUGCGAUAAUUCAAGAUUUUUAGUCGUACCUGGCUGAUACUCCAAUGAUCAUUGCCGCGUACUUGAGCUGGUACAUACUUAAGACCCAAGGUGUACUUAGUCUUUAAAAUCAAGUACGUAAAGUACUAGAAAUACAUGCAUGCAGUAACCCCCAGUGAACUAUAUACAUGGAAGGCUGACUUCAGUCAGUUACGUAAUCAAAAAGUGAAGCCAAAGAUGGCGGAUUUUGAAGGCAUUCUUGCGCGUCAUUCUCAGUCUCCUUACCCGCGCGGCCAAACAUUUUUUAUUUUCAUGGCGGGAAGUGAUGGGUUGUGUUUUUCUUCAUUUUAAAAGAGCAAAAAAGGGAAUAAACUUCAUCUAUUUCAUGUAAACCUGAUUUCCUUCAUCUAAUCGAUCUGUCUACUGCCUUUUCCCACUGUAUGUGUGAGUAAAUCUGCAUUUUUCGUUGCGAAUUCAACAACUAAUUUCAAACUUUUUUUUUGUUUUUUGAAUAAAUCUGUAUUUUUAUAAAUUGGGAAUUUAUUUUUGCUUUGGUUGUUUCGCUUUUCUUGUUUCUAUGGUGUUUUACGGUUUUCACACCAUUAUUUACAUUAUUUUAGUCCGUUUUCCUGACCUAAAACUGCUUUUCAACUGCAGUUUUCGAGACAGUUUUUAGCCAAUUUUGAAUUCCAUACAUGUAAGAAAAUUUUGGUUUUUUAUAUUAUAUUUAAUAAAAUCACUUUGAUGAUUGCCUUAUAAACUUAAAGUGCCUAUACGACAAUUUUUUUUAUGAUUGAAUUGCAAAGUUCAUUUAAAAUCAUAACAUAACUUGUUAUCUAAAACUUUAUAAUCUUUCCUGUAAAUCAAGAUUUUCGACUUUGUUUGAUAUACAAAUCUGACUUAAAUGAUGUCACACUGCAUAAUGAUUUUUAGAAAGAAAACGUUUCCUUGCCAAACAUGUGAUAAUUCCACUGACAUUGAAAGUGACAUACUUUAAGAGCCAUCAAAGCGAUCAUUUCGUCUGUAAAUUUGAGAUAAUGAGAAUUUUAACAAGCUACAACACAGUCUUCUGUAAAACGCAUUAUGCAGUGUGACGUCAUUUAAGUCACAUUUGUAUAUCAAACGAAGUCGAAAAUCUUGACAUACAGGAAAGAUUACAAAGUUUUAGAAAACAAGUUAUAUUGUGAUUUUAAAUGAACUUUGCAAUCCAAUCAUAAAAAAAAUUGUCGCAUAGGCACUUUAAACUGUUUAUUUUAAUGAGUUAUUUAUGUGUGUGAAACCCUUGUCCAUAGGGGCAACACAGAUAUUUCGAAAGAUUGAGUGACAUUUAAUUGUGUUUUGUUUUGUCACUAUUUGUCAUUUACAAAAACAACAAUCCCGCGCUAUUUUGCUUUCUUUCCACUCAAAUAUCGCAUCUUUUAAAUAAAUAAUAAUUAAAAUUUAGAACUGAACCCAAACAAGACACCAGAAUUCAACUUUUCAUUCAAAUUUCGUCUGUUUUUCACUAGGUUUUUACUCGGAAAAUAAAAAAAAAAUACUCGGAAAAAUAAAAGUUUUGUUGACCGCGCACGUACGGGGACUGAGAAUGACGCGCAAGAAUGCCUUCAAUUUCCGCCAUGUUUGACUUCACUUUUUGAGCUCGAGUCAGCCUUCCAUGUUAUAUAGUUCAGUGGUAACCCCUCGCCAAUAUUUAACAAACAUUAAAUUAACAUGAAGUAUUCAGAAAUGGCCAACACUGAACGCAGGCUCGCUCUCAAGUGUUGCCAUGGCAACACGAUAUUCUUAAAUUUUUAAUUUUUUCAUAUUUUUUACAAAACUGCAAAAUAGUUGAAAGAUUCGUACUUUUAACCAACACAUUCAUCACCAAUUACGAUACUGGGCUGCUCUCCAGUUGGUUGUACUCAAUUCUUGUUGUUGUAUAAAACAAAGUACUGGCUUCAAUAGCAUCAUUUCCAUUUGAUAUUUUGUUAUUAAUAUAUUACUUUUAUUAUUAAUAUAUUUAUAUAAUAUAUAAUUAACAUGGGUCUUUGUUUGGUGACCCAACCGUGGACAUACAAAAAAAUUGGCGGCCCAUCGAAACUGCCCAAAAAUUUUCCAUGGCCCAUCCCAAAUCACUCCAGCCCACUCUAGCAGUUACUUUAUGACCUGUCCCUUAUUUUGCAUUUUGUGAGCUUUGAUUUAAUGUAAAAUUUAACUUGAAACGCUUCGUAAAAUGUUUUGAAAUGUUCAUUCAACUAAACUACAUUUGCCGAUAAACUGUUUUUACUUAGUAAAACAUAAUAAGUUUAAUACAAAUAAAACAAAUUGUUAGGUAAUUUCAGUUCAGUCUUCAAAAUCAAUUUGUUCUCCUUUACGUUUUAAGAUUUUUUCUCAAAUUAAACCACAGGGGGCCCCACUAUGAGUUAUGAUUGAAAUAAUAUUGUAUUUAUUUUUAAAAACCUACUUGAAUCCCUUGAUAAUCGAUUAUUUCUUCUCUCGAAAUUCUGUAAACAUUUUAAACUGCUUGAAUCCAUUAUACUAUCACUCUACAUGAAGUAUAGAUGAUCGCUGACAAGUAAGAACGCGGGCGCGAAAAUACGAAGGCGGCAAAAGAAGGAAGAAUUAAACUAAAGGGUUGAAACUUCGGCGGGUCAUCGUUUGAUGUGUUCCAUAAGUAGGUUGUUCUCCGGAAAUUUCGCACGGGGCCCCAACGUGAGUUAGGAUUGAAAAAAUAUUGUGUUUAUUUUUAAAAACUUACUUGAAUCCCUUGAUCAUCCAUUAUUUCUUCUCUCGAAGUUCUGUAAACCUUUUAAAUGGCUCGGACUCAUUAUACUUGACGUCACGAGAACAACCUACUUAUGGAACACAUCGUGCGAAAAAACGCUUCGAGUGUUUCAUGUAAAAACAUACGAAAAAUCAAUCGUUUAUCGAAUAUACUACAUUAGUUGUGAAGAUAUAUCCAAAAAGACAUAGAAUCUGAAAAAAAAUAUUCGAAAACAUCGAUAUAUUGUGAAUUUUAAGGCAUUUAGAAAUGUCAUCUAGUCGAAGUUUCAACCCUUUAGUUUAAUUCUUCCUUCUUUUGCCGCCUUCGUAUUUUCGCGCCCGCGUUCUUACUUGUCAGCGAUCAUCUAUACUUCAUGUAGAGUGAUAGUAUAAUGGAUUCAAGCAGUUUAAAAUGUUUACAGAAUUUCGAGAGAAGAAAUAAUCGAUUAUCAAGGGAUUCAAGUAGGUUUUUAAAAAUAAAUACAAUAUUAUUUCAAUCAUAACUCAUAGUGGGGCCCCCUGUGAUUAAACGGUAAUUUAUGAAACUUAGAGCUUCGUUGAAAAGGAAACAGUUCAUAUUUUUAGGCAAAAAUUUAAAGCAAAAAAAUUCGUAAACAUUAAAUAUUCAAAGCAAACUUGCCGUAUAUUUCAAGAUUUCCCAUAGUAAAUCAAUUCUUCUCAUUUCUUCAAACUUCAGAGUACAGACUUGUUGAUAAUAGCCCAUGCGUGUGAAGGUUAUUGAAGGUCGAUCUUCCAGUUAUCGUGUAGAUGAUUAAUUGCCGGGAAGUCAAAUGUAUAGAGAACGUGAGCAGACGUUAGGUGGGGCCUCGGCCACUAAGUCUGCGUAGGAGGCUAAUCCUUACUGUACUUUCACUUAGGAUUGUUGUUUAUAGUCGAUUUCAUCAAACUUUGACCCCAAAUGUCCUGAACUUCGUUGCGAAGUUCGCAUCUUCGUUGCGAAGUUCGGAAGUUCAUAGGUCAAGCCAAUUUAUAAACAAAAUCCCUGAUUGGUCGCUGAAGUAAAAGAAGCCAAUCAAAUGCGUAGUUUGCAAACUGGUUUGUGAAUCUCAUUAUGAAGAUUUGUGGUCAAAGUUUCGUGAAAUCGACUGUAACGUAUAUUUGUGAUGUUGAAUCAAAACAAUAUCUUUAUAUUUUGUUUCAGGAUUGUUGUUACGUAUGUUUGUGACGUUAUAUGAUCUGGAAAUCAUUGAAGAAGACGCCUUCAUAUCAUGGAAAGAAGAUGUGAAUGACCAACAUCCAGGCAAAGGACGAGCUCUCUUUCAGGUACUGUACGUACUUUUUGCCACUGAUUUCAAAACAGCCUACCGUUGUUUACAUGAUCGCUACCCAAUUCACAACAUUAGAUAACUCAGAAGGGGACAAAGUAUCAGAACUAUCAGAAAUGUAUGGAGAUUUACGUUUUUGCGGAACUUUUUACAGAGAUUUUUUUUAUGUUUAAUAGCUAAUUGCACUGAUUGAAUAUCGAAGUGAUUGAAUACUCACUGAAUCUACUAGCUCCAUACCUAAUGUACAGCCGAACAGUUUGGAACGAAAAUAUUCAUAUAGCCGGCAGUAUGAAAGUUGUUUUUAUUCUGUAUGACUGUAACUACUAUUGACUACUUCAGGAUUUAUCUUGUAUGCCUUAGCAGUCUUAAAGACAUAUUACUUCAUAUGCCAACACAUCUUAAAGAACAUAAUCCAUGUAAGGUUAAAAACGACAAUUGUUAUUUUUCCCUAAAUUUUGUAAUAUUUUGCAGAAAAUGUUGAGCCCUAAACCCAGAUUCCCAGAAAGAGAAAAUAAUUUUCCACCGCUGCUCAUAUCUAGUUACUGUUGUGCUAGUUUAUAGAAACAUAAAAUAGAUAAAAGGUAACUAAGCAUUAGAAUUAUGUAUAAGAGUAUUCACUCAUGUAGAUAAUUCUAAUGCUUAGUUACGUAUGAUCUAUCCUGUUUCUGUAAAGAAGAACGAUAGAAACUUGGUAUGGGAGUUAUCUAAAGUUGUAAAUAUAAACAAACGUUAGCUAAAUUUAGCUAUGACUGGAUGAUCCUAUGCAUAAAUGAAUAUUAUGCAGCUAUUUACUGUGGUGUUGCCAGUGAACUCUAUGUAAACUGGAAGACUAACUCCUAUAAUAAAGCCUAUGAUUUACUGAAGCCAAAAUAGAUUUUCUGAGUUAUGAGCAGAAAUAUUUGAUCCCAAACGUUGGGCUAUAUAUCAAACUGAAGCGAUUGAAAAUUGCUAUUCGGUGUGGAAAUUUCAAGACUUCAGCGAAAAGAAAAAUAUUUUUAAAAUACAAAACAACUGCCAUUCGGCCAAAAAAUGGCAAAUUACCGGUAAUUAUUUUUGUAGUUUCUAAAUAUUUCCCUUUUAGCUAAAGUCUUGAAAUUUCUACACCAAAUAGCGUUUUUCAAUAGCUUCAAUUUCAUAUACAGCACAACGUCCAGUAUAUUUCUGCUUAUAACUCAGAAAAACUAAAAUGCACUGGUUUCAACCCCCCCCCCACCCCCACCCCCACCCCCCUUUAGUUAGCCUUCCAGUUUACAUAGAGUUCACUGGGUGUUGCUUGUGGUUAUCGCUUUUCCAUGUACAGUAUGGCCACCAAGUGUCAUUAUCUAGUGAGCCCUUCUAAAGUUAAUUUGAAUAUGUGUCACAAGCUGUAUCUUUCAAGUUUCAUAGGAAAGACAUUUUCUUGUUAGUAAAACUAAAUUUAAACAACUAUAACGAUUCGAUUUGUAAAGAAUACGAGAGCUUUAAAAACUCGUCUCAUUAUAAAUAUUCUUGCUUCAAAACCCAAAGGGGCCCCAUUGCCCCUCAGCCUCCUUUUUGGGUUAAAGCUUAGUUUCACAUUUAUUGGUCAAAAUAAAAAAAUCUUUUUCAUGCAUGUGUUGAAGAAGGAUGCUCUGCUUCUUUGCGCAUAGCCUGUGACAAAAAACUUUAAAUCCAUUCCAUUUAAGGAGGUCCUCAGUUGAAAACAAUGUAGCUGUGACGUAAUUACAGGAAAGGUCUAUUAUGAAAAUCUGCGCAAAAUUCCUGAAUUUGUAAACAACUACAAACAAUUUCUGAAGAAUCUGCGCAAAAUACCUUGGUGUACCAAGAACCAAGCAUAUUUCCUGAUCCCUUCCUGUUUGACAAAAACCGUUUCUUGGCUGCAGGACCCCCUGGUCUGCCAUAUAAUUUUUUUAAAUAUCCAAUAUUUCUCUGCAUUUUUCCCAAGGUAGAAAUAACCUGGUUCAUACAUAAGCUGCGACAUAGACCUUAUUCAUAAAUCGUGAUGAGGCCUCGUAUCCUAGGAAACGGGAACAAAACGCGGGAAAAUUGACAAAAUGUUUUUUCUGCUGUCGGCUAUGGCAGCUUUUUUUCGUGAAUAUUACGGCUUUUUUCAAAAAUAUAUCUAUAAAACUGAGCUUGAAAGUUGAAAAAAAUACUUUUGAGAAAAUAUAACAUGAUAUUUAAAGCAAAAGAUGCUGGAGUCAAUCGAAAAAGGAAACCUUUGACUUUGUAUUAUUGUCGUAGUUUGUAUGGCCAAAACAAACAACCAACAAGGCUACAAAACGUCUAUACAACACCAAAAUCGUAAGAAAUAUGAAACAAUUGUUGAAGAAAUAAGAUUACAACUCACUCAGGUAAUGUAGCCUUCAUUUUUUAAACUUGUAAGCUGCUUGCAGAAUGUUAUCGAGCCACAGUCAUUAGUUCAUAUUUUUCCGUACGAAUCAACAACAUUUGACGUUCUCUUGUGAUUUUUGACUGUUAUUUUCUUUCAUAUUUAUGUCAAAUUCGAAAAAUUAUACUUCCAUUCCAUAGUUGUCUUGAUUCUUCACGGAAUAAACCUUUAUAUUGACGUUAAAAUCUCAGUAAAAUACUGUUUUUCGCUUCUGGAUAAACACCAUCGCUACGUUGUCAUUUUUUCCACACAAAAACGGGAGAAAAAACGGUCGCUUUUAUAAUAUACUCGUUUACCGCUUUCGUUGUGGGAACAAAGUCUUAAAAUACACACAAAAAUCGUUAUAAAUUGCAAAAAGCAACAAGAAACAAGCCGUUAAAGUCGACACAAUAGCUUCUGAAUUUGUCUCAUGUCAAGCAGUUUUCGCUUGUUUUCCCGCGUUUUGUUCCCGUAUCCUAGGAUACGAGGCCUCAUCACGAUUUAUGAAUAAGGUCUAUGGUCCUGAUCCUGUCGCUUUCCACCCAUACUAUAUAGUUUUAAUUUUAGUAUCAAAAUGCCCUCAAUUUCAUAUAACAACGACAAUCUAAUAAAAGUAACAACCACUAAUUAUGACGUGAUAUAGAAAUAGCCAAUCAUAGCUACAACCGUAUUUCAUUUUUUGACAUUUUGACGUAUUUCGAUAAAAUUGCAGCUCUCUUAGCCGAGCAGAUUCGAGUAAUUUUUCAUGUAUAUUAUUAGAAGUUGCAACUUCUUGCAAAGAUAUUUUCGCACCAUGUGUGUGAAUAAAUUAUGGCAACACCCUUCAUUUGUCAUUAUGAACGUUUCCAUUGACUCUGAUCUCUUUAUAUAGGUGAAUUCGUGGUUAACUUGGUUGGAAACUGCCGCGGAAGAGAGCUCGGAGUCUGAGCCCGAAUAAAAUUAUUAAUUAAGUUGCUACAAUAAUUAAUGUAAUUUUUAAUUCAAUUGUAAUUUCGAAUUUUUCUUCUGCAAUAUUAAAAUAAAAAUUCAAUAAUCAUCUUAAACUCUG